UGCAUGUCUUGACGCCAGACCAAACUUAAUAGCAGCCAGAUACCUCUUAGGGUUUGCCCAGGAUACCCCGUCUUCUUGUUCUCAACCAUGUCCUCCUCGUCGACCACGGCCUGCUCGCGGUCGCCCUCACCGGCUUCCCCAGCGACGCCAGAGUCAUGCGACAACCUUGACUCCGUCGUUACCCAGGAAGACCUUGCAGCCUGGUGUCACUCUCUUUCUCCAGCGGGUUUCCUCAUAGGUGAUGAAUCCCAUUUUGGCGAGCAUGUCAAGAAAAGGGAAGGGCAUGCCCUGGAGUUAGCGGACAUCAUACAAGAGGAUGCCAUGGUAGAUUCUGCUCAUUCAGGGCCAGAGUCACCAACUGCGUAUCUCUCAAGUCGUUCUCCUUCGGUUUCGCUUCCAAUGGGGAUAGACGUUGCAGACUUGCUCAUUGCACCGCGCAAUUCGAUAUCCUCAACGAAGCCGAUACCCCCGCCUCUGGCUCAGAUACGCAGGGACCCAACAGUAGGCUCACAAUGUGUUGUAUAUCCGCCGAAAGAAUCAUGUUACAAUCUACCGAUUAUGAUCCCUUCUAUACCCGAAGGCGGGACAAAGUCUCGGGUUGAGACUCAAGUUCGUCUUACGGUAGACCUUGCGCAUGCAAGCGCGUCAUCGGGGGAGCCACUCAGAUACGACCGUGUUGGAAGUUGGAAAUGGCUCCGCUUGCCAAAAGGCACAAGUACCAAGCGGCGCUCCCGCAAAGAAGCCAAAGUUGACGCUACUGUCGAAGAUACGCUUCAUCUUACGACUGAGGUUACUUGCGCUUCGCCUCCGCAUACACGAGUGACUUGUUGUUCAAGCUGCCAAGGACGGGAGGCCAAACGAGUCGCACGCAAAUUGGCCGCCCGUGUAAGGCCUGCGCGUUCAGAUUCCGAGUCUCCGGACGAUGCAGUAAUCAUCCCAGGAAGGGGCAAACAUGAAGAUACAUCCAACCUCGUGCAAUUCAACUGCCCAGAGGUGCUCGACUUCUCAUCUGGAUCAGUCGUCCUUCCUCUUCGAAUUACCUGCUACUGUCGGCAUCAUCGUGAGAAGGUCGGCUUUAAUGUUCACUUUACGAUGCUGGAUCACAAUGGCCGGGUUGUUGGCUCGGGCAUGACCCGUCCUAUCAUGAUCACUGAUGACCACAAGAGCACGGGCGUCAACAAAGCUGCCAAUAGCAGUACUCAGACGCCUACCAAUGCAGAUUCGCCCAGGGACGAUGACGCUGUGGGCGGGACGACCAAACGCAAGAACACGCGUGAUGGUGCGACUGAACGGUCUAAAAAGCGAACAAAGCCAUACGAUGGUGCAAAUCGUGGUGGCAAAAUUCGACGGAAGGACAGCAUCAGCAGUUUGCAAUCGAUUCCGUCUGCGGUUGCUUCUACGUCUGCAACCAGGGCACCUACCAGAGCAUCUACUCCAGCGCAAGCACUGCUGAGGGGCUCACCAUUGCAUACUAUUGAUCCCGAACACUUGACUUCGAACUCUAUCGAUUCCGCAAGUGCUGAGGUUGCUGCUGCUCUGCUCUCCAAUGGGUUCGACCUAUCAAUGCCUUCAUUAUCGAACGGUAUCGGACAGUCUUUGGACGAUAUCGUCAUGCCUGAUGCUCAAGUGAAUAUCGACCCUUCGGCAAUGACCCUUGAAGAGCUUACCAACCAAUCAUUCCUUACCAACGAUCCUUCCGACCCGAUGUCACUCAAUCUAAACCCAUCAGAUCCACUUUCCGUAUCUCCCAGUAUCUCCUAUAUGUUAUUCAAUAACGACCCACCGCCUCCUAUCAGUAAUCUGCCAACCCCAAAGAUUCAUCGACUCAUCCCCUCGGCCGGGCCGACGUAUGGUGGCAUCGAAGUCACUAUUCUGGGUGCUAACUUCCAUCCAGCUAUGCAAUUGAGCUGUGUAUUCGGAGAAACGGUCUCAAGCUCAACUCAGCGAUGGAGUGAAAAUACUCUAGUGUGCUUGUUGCCUCCUUCUCUUUCUGCAGGUGUCGUUCCCGUCUGGUUCGACGGUAUCGCCAAAGAGGAUGAUGGCAGCCCUCCUUGCUUGUUCACUUACACGGACGAAACAGACCGGGCAUUAAUGGAACUUGCUCUCCAGGUCGUUGGAUUAAAGAUGACAGGCAAAAUCGAGGACGCAAGGAAUAUCGCCAUGAGGAUCGUCACCGGACCUGAUACUAAUCAAGGCACAAUAGAACCUAGCAGCUCUAUGCAGAUGUCGACCUCUCCCGGCUCUUCUUUCGAUAUCCGACAACUUCUUCUCGCACGAGCUGGCGACAGUGGGGACUUCGAGACGCUAAUUUUGGACUUCCUUGCUCUCCUGGAUGUGCCAAUGACUGUCUCGACCUCGUCGCUGGAAGGUGCUAUCUCGCAGACUACGGGCAGUGGUCAAACGCUGCUUCACCUCGCUACGAUCCUCAAUUUCUCAAAGGUCGUUGAGUUCCUGAUCUCUCAUGAGAUCGAUAUCGACGCUCGUGAUAACAACGGGUUCACCGCACUGCACUUCGCUGCCAGUUUACGACAUGUGGAGUCUGCUCGUCUGCUCCUGGAAGCCAACGUUGACACCGAUAUCGUAAAUGCCGUGGGCAAGACGGCUGCCGAAGUCGCACCUGCGGGAUUCUUCGACAGGUUGUACCCCGAUAGCAGCAGCACCUGGAGUACGGAAGAUUCCGUAGAGGAAGAGGCCGCUUGGGCUGAUGAGGAAGUAAGUGCAGAUGACGAAGAACCUGUCAAGCCUCCUCCCAGGCGACGACCUGAACGCGGGAACUCGUACCGCAGGGAGCGUCUGUCUCGCCGUCCGUCUGAGGCCGAUUUGAAGAAGGCCGAUCCCGAUUCAGCUCCCCCUCCUCCAGCGGACAUCAAGAAAGCAAAGGAAGCGGCAGGUAUCGUGGAUGAAAAGCAAGCAAUGGCGUCUUGGAUGGAUAUGGUCCAACGUACUUUUGCUCAGCUACAACAUCCGCAGGGCAUGAUUCCUCAUAUACCCAAUCUACCGCUACCCCAGUUCCCCCAUCUCCCAGGUAUGCCAGCGUGGGGCGCACUUCCUCAGAUGCCUGCUGUUUUCCCCGUGGUCGUGCCUAUGUCUGCAUUACCGAUUCCGGGUCUUCCCGCGUCUUGGGCUCGAUGGGGUGAGAAACGACCCGGGCAAGAUCAGGCAGACGGUGAAAAUGCGGAUGAGGAACAUGAUACGAAGACGACUCAAUGGUUAGCUAUCCCUGGCGCUCAGGAAUGGCGUGCGACGUGGGAGAAGUGGUUGGCCAUGGCCAUGGCUUCUGCCCGGCCGAGUGGUGAAGGUGAUGCUCCGCCGGCCUACACCCCUAGGGAUGAAGAUGCCGCAACGGAAUCAAGGGAUGCUAAGUCAUCGGAGGCCUCAAUGUCUGUUGUUGUCCCUCAACCGUCGACGAGCGUUGAACGUGCUCAGCCAAGGCGUGUUGAAUACCAAGAUGUUCCUGUUCCUGAACAAGAGGUGAAAGCGUACGAGUAUAGACCAACGAAGAAACAGUCGCGCCGAACGCGCAAGAAGCAGGACUGUAUGCUGUUCUUCUUCUGGAUCCCAAUUCUUUUCAUUGGCUUCAUAUGGGCCUUCUUCUCCGCCAUGCGUGUAGGGUUUCACGCUUUGCGGGCUGUGAGUUUCAGUGCUGCUCUUCAUGUAUAAUUUAGUAGCGCCAGGUUUGUUCUCCGCUCGUGCAAAGGUUUAGACUGUACUGUAUUUCGUUUCUCCUAUGCCAAAGCAGGUUCUCAUUAUAAACGUUAAUCGUCGUUAUUCUCUUAGAUGUAGCUUGCUAUCGGUUUGAUAUUGGGCCUGUGUUGUAUGUACUGUACAUUUUCUGAUGGACUAUUUAUCAAAAAAAGUCGGUUUCUUGCUCUAAAAUGUUCGAAUGCUCCCAUUGCCUACUUCGUGUUGACCUCGCUGUGCUUUGUCUCAGUCAUUUGCCUAGCUUGGGCCAUUGUAUGUACUGUACACUAAUAAGUUUUCCAGGCGAACUCUGUCGCAAUUUGCUUCGCGCGCU